ACAUUCUUGUAACUGGUACCAUGACUAGUAACGGAGGCGAAAAUUGGGAGAUGUGGAUUUCUCUUCUUGUCGGUUUUACUGUUCUUUCGUUUAUUCUUUUGGUUUUGAUUUGUAAAUGGUGCAGGCGAAAGAAAUGGAGUUCAUCGGAGACAACGYCUCCUGCAGUCUUGUUGGUGAAGCGAUGUGAGCAAGAUAGCGUUCGAGAUGUCGAGAACAGAAUCAUCCAGAGAUCGAAGUUCAGCGAGAGRACCUGGAGACCUGGGAUAGACAGCUCUUUAACUCCAGUAGUGGUUUUCUGUGCUGUGGCAUCGAGAAUUGGAGCUGACAUUGACGCCGCAAUGCGCGAGGUUACAGACUGGAGACAAGUUAUCCUUGUAGUCUUGCAUAACAUACACCGUACAAAACUGACAGGAGAUCUGUCCGACAGCAAUUAUCUUCUGGAUGAUGCAGUAAAGAGCAAAUUAGCAGACAGAAUAGUUCAUUUUGCCUUCUCUGAGUAUGAGCGAUUGUACAAUUGUAGACAAAAUGACGAGGGGUUUAGUAAGAUUAGAUACUUGAUUGAAAACAUCCCAUAUUCAGCUUAGAGAUUAGAGAUAUAGAAGAGGUUUUGUUAAUGGUUAAUGAUAGAAGAACGUAGUGGACUUAACUACAUGCACAUCAUAAGCAAUGUCUGUUCAUUGACUUUGACAGAAGUUACGAGCCACAAAGUGCAUGCAGCACUARUGAUAAGAGUCAAAUUUUCAAUAGCUUGAAAUAAACUGUUUCUAUGAG